UCAGUCACAUUACACACAGAUCUUGGCGAUAUUAAAAUAGAAGUCUUUUGUGAAUCGGUUCCACAUUCAGCUGAAAACUUUUUAGCAUUAUGUGCCAGUGGUUAUUACGACAACACUUUAUUCCAUCGUAACAUUGCAGGUUUCAUGCUUCAGGGUGGUGAUCCAACCGGUACUGGCAAAGGUGGUAACUCUAUUUGGGGCAAAAAGUUCAAUGACGAAAUCCGAUCCACGCUCAAGCACAAUGCGCGAGGCAUUGUAUCCAUGGCAAACUCAGGAGCCAACACGAAUGGAUCCCAGUUCUUUAUAACAUACGCCAAACACCCACAUCUCGAUACAAAAUAUACCGUCUUUGGAAAGGUCAUUGACGGUCAAGACAGUACGUUAGAUGCCAUAGAAAAAGUGCCAGUGGAUGAGAAACAUCGACCGAUUCAAGAAGUGCGUAUACGCAAUGUGACGAUCCAUGCCAACCCAAUUGCUGAUAAAUCACGAUAA